AUGCCUGGCGAAGUCAUCAAGCAGCCCAACCCGCCUGCUCUGCCCUCUCACCUCCCCGAUAGUGUGCUUGAGCUCGCCGUAAAGACCGAAAAGAAGCCUUUGGACGCCAAAGUCGCCAAGUCUCUGCGCGACUUCCAAAAUGCAGCCUGCUACAUCGCUGCUGGUCACUGGGGUACUUGUCCCGGUCUCAUUCUGGUGUGGUCCCACCUCAACCUUCUCAUCCGCAACCAUGAUAUGGACAUGAUCUAUGUAAUUGGCCCGGGCCACGGUGCUCCUGCUGCUUUGGCAUCCCUCUGGUUGGAGGGCUCACUGGGGAGAUUCUACCCGGACAAGUACAGUCUUACCAAGGAGGGUCUACACAACCUCAUCACCAAGUUCUCGGUGCCUGGUGGCUUCCCCAGCCACAUCAACUCCGAGACUCCAGGUGCCAUUCACGAGGGCGGCGAGCUCGGCUAUGCCCUAGCUGUCUCUUUUGGUGCGGUGUUUGACAACCCGGAUCUCAUCGUCACCUGCAUUGUUGGAGAUGGUGAAGCCGAGAGCGGUCCUACUGCAACUGCCUGGCAUGCCAUCAAGUAUCUCGACCCCAAGGAGUCUGGUGCUGUCAUUCCCAUCCUUCAUAUCAAUGGCUUCAAGAUCAGCGAGCGUACCAUCUUCGGCUGCAUGGACGACAAGGAAAUCGUCGCCUUGUUUACCGGCUAUGGCUAUCAGGUCUGCAUCGUCGACGAUCUUGAAGAUAUCGACACAGAUCUUUCCGGCGCCUUAGAGUGGGCUGUUACGGAGAUCAAGAAGAUCCAAAAGGCCGCACGAUCGGGUCAGCCCAUCGUCAAGCCCCGGUGGCCCAUGAUCGCGCUGCGCACUCCCAAGGGAUGGUCUGGGCCGAAAGAAGUUGACGGGGUCAUUAUUGAGGGCUCUUUCAAGUCUCACCAGGUCCCACUGGCCAAGGCGGGUUCAGACAAGACUCACCUUGAGAAGCUCGAUGAAUGGCUCUCGCGCUACGACAUCGGCAAUCUUCUAACCGACGGCAAACCAAACACCAGUAUUCUUGAAGCCAUUCCCAGGAAUGACAGCAAGAAGCUCGGUCAGCUGAAGGCCACAUAUGACCCGUACAUCGGCCUCGAGGUCCCUGACUGGCAACCCCUUGCAGUCGAGCCUGGUGAGCAGACCAGCUGCAUGAAGGUGACCGGAAAGCUUCUCGACGAGGUGAUGCAGGCCAACCCCAAAGGCUUCCGCAUGUUCUCUCCUGACGAGCUCGAGAGCAACAAGCUUGAUGCCAUCCUCGACCACACCGGCCGCAACUUCCAAUGGGACGAGUACUCCCGGGCCCAGGGUGGCCGUGUCAUUGAGAUCCUCUCGGAGCACUGCUGUCAGGGAUACAUGCAGGGAUACACGCUGACCGGCCGUGUCGGUCUCUUCCCCAGCUACGAGUCUUUCUUGGGUAUCGUGCACACGAUGAUGGUGCAGUAUGCCAAGUUUAACAAGGUGGCCAAGCAGGUCAAAUGGCGCGGCGAGCUGGCCUCCAUCAACUACAUUGAGACAAGCACCUGGGCUCGACAGGAGCACAACGGCUUCUCCCACCAAAACCCAUCCUUCAUCGGCGCGGUUCUCAACCUCAAGGCCGAGGCGGCAAGAGUGUACCUCCCCCCCGACGCAAACUGCUUCCUCAGCACAGUCCAUCACUGCCUCCAAUCCAAAGACAAGGUCAACCUCGUUAUCGGCUCCAAGCAGCCCACCGCAACCUACCUCUCCGCCUCCGCAGCCGCAGAGCACUGCCGUAUCGGCGCCAGCACCUGGUCCUUCGCCUCCACCGACGGCGGCGCCAACCCGGACGUGGUCAUCGUCGGCGUCGGUGUCGAGGUCACCUUCGAGGUCGUCAAGGCCGCCGAGCUCCUCCGCACCCUCGCCCCGGAGCUCCGCGUCCGCGUAGUCAACGUGACGGACCUCAUGGUCCUCAAGGCGGAGGCUAAGCACCCGCACGCGCUGACGCGGCAGGUCUUCCAGGAGACCUUCACUGAGGACCGGGCCGUGUGCUUCAACUACCACGGGUACCCGACGGAGCUGCAGGGCUUGCUGUUCGGGCGGCCGGGCUUGCAUCGGAUGACGGUCGAGGGGUACCGCGAGGAAGGCAGCACGACGACGCCGUUUGACAUGAUGCUUGUGAACUGCGUGAGCCGGUAUGACGUCGCCAUCCGGGCGUUGAAGGGCGGGGCUGAGGUGAAUGAGAAGGUGAAGGCGAGGCUGGACGGUGCGAUUGGGGAGAUUGAGGCGAAGGUGAGGGAGGUGAGGGAGUUCAUCCAGGAGCAUGGAAAAGAUCCUGACGAUAUUUACGACGCUCCCAAGUUCUGA